AUGGAAGAAGCACUUAACCGUCUCAACGGAACAACCCCAACAACCAUCACAGAACCCGACUCAAAAAAACCAACCUCCAUCAAAAGAUCACUACGCGAAACCCCCACCUCCAACAACGGCGGUGCCCUUAGGUACCGUGGAGUACGCCGCCGACCAUGGGGCCGUUACGCAGCUGAAAUAAGAGAUCCUCAGUCAAAAGAACGCCGCUGGUUAGGUACCUUUGACACUGCUGAAGAAGCUGCUUGUGCUUACGACUGCGCCGCACGUGCCAUGCGUGGCAUCAAAGCUCGUACCAACUUCGUUUAUCCAACUUCUCCUCCACCUUCUUCCACUUUUCCUUCCUUCAACUUCCCAAAACAUUCUUAUUCUCAUUCUCAAACUCUUGAUAAAACCUCUGCAAACAACCGCCACGUGUCGUCUUCUGGUUGGUCAACCGCCUCUGAAACAAACGGUGUUGAGUUCGGUAACCAUAGAAACCCUUCAACUACUUCACUUGAUAUGCUUCUGUUUCGUGAGUUUAUCAACUCUUCAAAUUCCAACUCUUCUUUCGUUUCAUCUUCACCUCAGAAUCACUUUCACGACAACUUUUCAUAUUCUUACAACACCAAUAACAACAUAGGUAAUUCUAGUACCAGUUCAACCUCUAGUUCUGCUUCUGGUUGUGGUUCUACUUUUCUCCCAGGUUGCUGUUUGGUGAACUCCUGUGGCGGGGGUGUUAAUAGCAACAACAUGAACAACACUUUUGUCGGUUUAGAUUCUAUCAAUGCUUCAAAAAUUUCUGCUGAUGAAGACAAUGAGUUUUUUCCUAAAGAGUCUUCUGAUUCUGGAUUAUUGGAAGAGAUUGUCAACAGGUUCUUACCAAAACCUAAGCAAGAAAUGAAGAACGAGGGUUUUGGUAAGACUUUCUGCGACCCUUUUGUUCCUGCUGCACCUGUCUAUGAUCACACGCUUGAGAUAAAAAAGGGUCUUCAAAAGAACGAUUUUUUAGGUGGUGGAUUUGAUCAAAAUGAUUUCAAUAUGCAACAGUUUGAGAAUUUUAACAAUGGGUUUAACAGCACUUUUCAGUCUGUGCCUUAUGGAAAUGAACAAGUCAUGGUGAAUCGUGCUGAGAAUUCUGUGUUUCAGUAUCAAGAGGUUCUUAAUGCUUUUGCACUAAGGAUGCAAAAUGCUUAG